AUGGAAAGUGGCAUGAAAUUGAGCAGCACUAGCAGUGUGGUGCACUGGCUAGCCAGCCUGACCCUGACCCUGCUUGGGAGUGUCCACCCCAUGCCUGUGACCAUAGACCCGGUGUGCAUGGCAGACACCACUGCUAAGUACAGCCUGACAUUUACAGGGAUGUGGAGCCAAACCUCCUUCCCCAAGCAGUACCCAAUCUACCGCCCCCCUGCCCAGUGGUCCCCUCUCAUUGGUAAGUGAAAUAUUUUUUGGGCGGCAAGUAGCCUAGCAGUUAAGAGCGUUGGGCUAGUAACCGAAAGGUCACUGGUUCGAAUCCCCGAGCCGACUAGGUGAGAGAUCUGUGGAUGUGCCCUUGAGCAAGGCACUUAACCCUAAUUGCUCUUGUGAGUCAGUUUGGAUAAGUGCGUCUGCUAAAUGUUAAAUAAAAUGUCCCCUUAUUAGCCUGUGAUCUGACUCCCUUUGUUUAUAUUGUAAUAGUAAUCCUAUACUGUAAUAGAUUCCUAUAUUCAUUAAUAAAACAUGGUAUGAAAAAAUACUAAAUUUAUGGUAGCAGACAUGCAUUGCAGAUUUCCCCAUUUCCCCUAGAAUUUAAAACCCUUUGAGCACCUGGAAAAGCAGUAUAUGAAUCCAAUCCAUUACUAUUAGGUUACAGUGUGCCUGAAAAGCAGACCUUUUAAAUACAUUCUGAGCUGCUAGUUAAGAGCUAGACUAACUUGAGGAAACAAUCCAUGUAAUAUGUUGUGUGAUUCUUCCAUUCCAGGGGUGACCCACAGUUCAGACUAUCAUAUCUGGCAGCGGAAUGCGUUUGCAAGCAACGGGGUGAGGGAGUUUUCUGAGAAGGGCGAGGCCUGGACUCUGAUGAAGGAGGUGGAGGCGGCUGGGGAACGCAUCCAGAGUGUCUAUGGGCUGUUCUCCGCUCCAGCUGUGGUCGGGGGAACGGGCCAGAUGACCUCAGAGUUCGAGGUCUUUGCAAGGCACUCUUUCGUAAGUAAACUUCACAGAGCGUUCAAUAUCUAUCUAAAAUACAUAUCUCGAUUUAUGUCUAUCUAAUAUACCUCUCUCACUGUCCAUCUAUCUAAUAUACCUCUCUCAAUGUCCAUCAAUCUAAUAUACAUUUCUCAAUGUGCACCUGUUUACUUGAAGAACCUUUCUAAAGGUUUGUCUCUUCGAGACUACACCAGAAAUCAAGUAUACUGUCAUAGAGAGAUUGCUAUCUCAAACCUACACAACAUAUUCUAAACCUUGUACCAACUUUUAAUAUAAAAUGUUUUUAUGAGUGUUCCAGUAGGUAUAGAUUAGUAGAUUAAUAUAUUUGCUGUUCAGUUGCCAACUCUCAUUUAUAUGGCCCAAAGCUAACAACCGUAAUAUAAAAAAAAUAAAAAUAAUUCUACACAACAUUCAGAGUCUGCAUUUGGGACCAGUUACAGUUUCUUAUUAUUGGCCACCAGGUUUCCAAUAAAAUAUGUCAGCAAAAAGAACUCUUACUGUUGGAACUCUCUGUUGGAACUCUCUGUUGGAACUCUCUGUUGGAACUCUCUGUUGGAACUCUCUGUUGGAACUCUCUGUUAGAACUCUCUGUUGGAACUCUUACUGUUGGAACUCUUACUGUUGGAACUCUCUGUUGGAACUCUCUGUUGGAACUCUCUGUUGGAACUCUCUGUUGGAACUCUCUGUUAGAACUCUCUGUUAGAACUCUCUGUUGGAACUCUUACUGUUGGAACUCUUACUGUUGGAACUCUCUGUUGGAACUCUCUGUUGGAACUCUCUGUUGGAACUCUCUGUUGGAACUCUCUGUUGGAACUCUCUGUUAGAACUCUCUGUUGGAACUCUCUGUUGGAACUCUCUGUUGGAACUCUCUGUUGGAACUCUCUGUUGGAACUGUAGUUGAGGAAAGCUCUGGAAAGAUGAGAGUGCGGAAUAAUGAAGAGCAGAUUAAGACUGCUGAUCCUUUGACUGUCUGCACUAAAUUUGAGUUUACUGUUAGGCGUACUCCUAGAAACGUCAACACAUAACCCAUCCUACUCCUCCCUCUCUCUACAGCUAUCCUUCAUAGUGAGGAUAGUUCCCAGCCCAGACUGGUUCCUGGGAGUGGACAGCUUUAACCUGUGUGAGGGAGACCAGUGGAAGGAAAGCAUCACACUGGAGCUGUACCCCUACGAUGCAGGCACUGACAGCGGCUUCACCUUCUCCUCUCCCAACUUUGAGACCAUUCCUCAGGACAAAGUCACACAGGUAAAUCUAAAAGAGCCCAUGGUUCAUCAUCAUGUGGAUACUGUAUGAUAGUGAUGAUGCUAUAUCAGUUUUCGGUAAUCAACACCAGCAGUGUUGUUGACAACACGACUUGAUUUUGUCCUUUCCAGAUAACGUCAUCUUCUCCAAGCCAUCCUGCCAACUCCUUCUACUAUCCCCGUCUGAAGAAUCUGCCACCCAUGGGCAAGGUCACCCUGACAAAGACCAAAAACAACCAGAUCUUCAGCAUACCUAUGGAGCCCACCCAGUUCAACCAGACUGCCAAUGAGAUUGGCAAUGAGAUUGAGGACUCUCUUAUAAGUAAGCAAGAAACAUGUAAGAAACAAAUACAGUGAAAAUGCAUAACUAAUAUUUAUUGCUUGCUAUCCUCCAAUCCUACCCCUCUGAUAGAAAACAAUCUGAUCUGGCAAAAAAUAGUAAAGUAAAGCCUAGCGGUAAUCGGAUCCAUUGUGUUGGAGUCAGCAAGAGCUGCUCCUCUGUGCCCAUGGCAAAUCAAAACCAGGCAACACACAGGAUAAAGGAGGUCAAAGGCAUUGGACAUUUCCUGCCACUCAGCACUGAUGUCAAGUAGUCCAGCCUUGCUUUUAUUUCCAUGUUCCAUCCUUCUGCUUCUCUAAUUCUCCAAAAAUAACCUAAAUCUGUGCUAGAUAUCAACAUUUUACAGGCUCAUAACUUGGGGGGGGGGCUUGGCAAACAUACAAAGUCAAGUUUCUGUAAUUUAAUUAUUCAAUAAAAGUCCAUCCAGAUGUAGCAACCGUAGCCAGGAAUGUACAGCUAAGAGCUUUGGAUAUAUAAAAGCAUAUAUUUUAAAGAAUUUCCUUACAUUGGGAUUUAAUUUGGCAUAUAUACGAAAUACAUUUGGUUACCCUGUAAAUUCUAUACAAUCAUAAAAUGUCCUGUAUUCUACAGUUUUACAGCUAUAUUUUACAUAGCACUUGGAAAUAUUCUAUAAACUAUUUUUUUCUGUUUGAGCAAAUGAACUAAAAGUUUAGUAUCAGACAAUAAAUCAAGUCUUUCAUAUGAAAUGGUGUUGGGUGGCUUAGCUAAAUCAGUCAUUUUAACCUAUGCCUGAGGGCUUAUCCUUCUGUGGCAUGUUAUAACUCCAGCAGACCACCACACACACAGAGGGCCCCUGAGCCUGGCUAGAGAAAGGGUCACUGAAAUCAUAUCACCCCUUACUGCUGCACGCUCAAGUGUUACAGGUCUCUGGUCUCUUGCAAUUCAAGUGUUCUUUGGAUUGCUAAAAUAUUGCUAACAGAGUAUCUCUGGUGUCCUUCCCACUAGAUUCCACCCCUCUGGACUGUGAGGUGUCUGUAUGGUCACCCUGGGGCCUGUGCAAAGGCAAAUGCGGAGACUCAGGGGUGCGCCACAGAACGCGCUACAUCCACCUACAACCAGCCAACAAUGGGGUAGUCUGCCCCCCACUGGAAGAGGAGAACAAAUGCAUCCCUGAUAACUGCUUAUGACUGGCUGGCAAGGGUAAGAAACAGAAAAUAAGAGGCCAUGCAAGACGACAAAGAGUACGAAAGAUGCGUCCGUCAUCUCCACUGGAGAAGUCCAAGCUGUAGAAAUUCACCCUUUUCUCGCUGGGCUUCCUAGCCUAUUCACUGGGAAAAGUGCAGGCUGGUGAGGGGAGGACGGUUC